AUGGGCAAUAUUGUCGGCGGUCUGGCACACCCCGCGCCCUCCCUGGUGCUGGAGGAAACGGGCCAGGUGACGGACCUGCUCCUCCACCUGAAGAGACAGGUCCGCGACCCCAAGCUGCGCCGAGUCGUGGACCGCAGCGGGUCGGCAGCCGAAAUAGCUUCGCUGUUUACCAAUGAAGACCGGAACGACAUCGGCGGCUUCAAGGCCCUGCACCUCGCAGUCGCCACGGGAUGGGCAGAGCUGGUGGACAAGCUGCUUGAGUCCUCCAGCGGCGUGUACCGCGUCAAUGCCGCCUCCUCCGAAGGCUACACCCCGCUGAUGGUGGCCGCGCUGUGCGGCCGAACGGCGCUCGUCGACCGCCUGCUCGCCAGCGGCGCCUUGCUGCACCGCCGCAGCCGGCGCGGCGCCACCGCACUCCACUUUGCGGCGCAGGCAGCAGAGAGCCAGGGCGCGCUGCGCGCGCUGCUGGCCCACCCCUCGUGCACCCCCGCGCUGGUCAACGCGACGGGCUACCGCCAGCGCAGCGCGCUGCUGCUGGCGCUGCUGGCUCACGGCGACGCGGGCGUGGUGCGGGGCCUACUGGAGGCUGGGGCCAACCCCUUGGAGCGCACGCCCACAAUGGCCAACAUCUCGCUGCUGCACAGCUGCGCCCACCUGAGCAGGGUGGAGGCCAUGCGUGCGCUGAUCGAGGCGGGUGCCAAGGUGGACAGCGCCGCCUCAGACGGCAUCACUGUGCUGCAGGAGCUGUUUGUGCAGCCGCCCAGCCGGCAGCGCAGCGAGGCCUCCAAGCGCGCGAUGUUCCGCAUGCUGGCGGCGGCGGGGGCGGACCUGAACGCGGUGGUACCGCACGGCUACACGGUACUGCACUUUGUCAUGUCCAGCUGCAAGGACGAGGCCACCGCCCUGCUGGUGGCCGACUCGGGCCUGGACUUGCGCAUCGCCAUCAACAAGCCCGUGCUGCUGGGCGACGCCGCGCUGCACAACAGCCUGCUGCACCUGGCCGCCAUGCGCGGCUGGGCGCGCAUGGCCGAGCGGCUGGUGGCGGCAGGCGCCGACCUGAGCCAGCGCAACAAGGACGGCAUGCAGCCGCUGCACGUGGCCAUCCUCCAUGCGCAGCCAGAGGCGGUGGCGGCGCUGCUGCGCCUGGGUGCCGACCCCCGGGGCGCCUGCCCCGACUGCUACCCUAGCUACGCCAGCUGGAAGCGGCAGCGGGGCGUGCAGGCCAUGCAGGCUCUGUUUGAGAACGAGGACGGCCCCGGCAUGCUGCCCGCCAUCAUGCAGCUGUUUGGUGGCGCCGACCCGCUGGCCGAGGGCGCCCCGCGGCUGACGGCCGUGGACCUGGCCUGCUGCGUGGCGCGCCACAUCCCCUGCGUGGAGGCGUUUGUGGAGGCGGGCGUGGCUCCCUCGCCCGCGGCGCUGGCGCUGGCGGAGCAUGCGGUGCCGCUCAUGAGGGCGGUGGUGGAGCGCCCCAUGUGGAGCCCCAAGCUGCACCGGCGGCUUCCGCGCCGCUUCCGCGCCGCAGCCCGCGAGCUGGUGCUGUGCCUCAGCCGCCCCACCAUCACGGAUGAUGGUCGCUCCGUCAGCCUAACCCCUGACGAAGUGGCGGCGGUGCUGCAGAAGGCAGCCUUCCCGGUGUCCCGCUGGGCCGACCGCGCCUGGCUGGCGCAGCAGACUGUCGGGCCGCCGCGUGUACGCCCUCCACCGCCUGUGCAGCAACCGGCCGCGGCCGCUGGCGCCGGCGAAGCCGCCGGGCAGGAGCCGCAGCAGCAGGCGCAACAGCAGGCGGGCGCGGGAGCGGCGGCGGGAGCGGGAGCGGCGGGCGUGGCGCAUGUGGUGGCGGCCGGGGACGAGGUGCCGCCGUUUGUGCAGGCGAUGCUGGAGCAGGUGCAGCAGCAGCUGGGUAUGCCGGGCGGCCAGCCCCAGUUUGUCUUCAUGCACCAGCCCGGCGGCCCCCCGCAGGGCGCCGCUGCGGCGGCCGGCGCGGCGGCCGGCGCGCCCGGCGGGGUGCCUCCCUGGGUGCACAUGCUGCAGCACCAGCAGGUCAACAACGGGGACCAGCAGUUCCACGUGAUGCAGUUCGAGAUCAACCUGCCCGUUGGGAUGCCCGGCAUGCCCUUCCCGCCUGGGCCUGCCGGCGGCGGGGGCAUGCUGCCUCCCGGCCUGGCGCCGCCGCCCGGCCCGCCGCCCCCCGAGGUCCUCAGCUUCUUUGAGCAACUGUUUGGCGGGAUGGUGGGGGCGGACCCAGCCUUUAUGGAAGGCUUCAUGGAUGGGGUGAUGGAGGGGCAGGCCAUGGCAAACGCAGUCCCUGGGGUAGAGGAGGAUGACAGCGAGGAGGAAUAUGACAGCGAGGAGGAGGAGAUGGAGAUGGAGGAGGAGCCUCUGCCCCCGCAGCAGCCCCCGGCGGCUGCGGCAGCCGCUGCCGCUGCGUCCCCCGGCGCCCAGCACGCGGCGGGCGCCUCGGGUGGCGCGGGGCCCAGCAGGCAGCCGCCCCGCCAGGAUGGCGAGCACGAGCGUGCGGUGGCGGAGCAGCGCGAGGGCAGCAAGCGCCCAGCCGACGCGCCUGGCCGCUACAGCCUGCGCAGCCAGAAGCGCCAGAAGCGGGAGUGA